CCAUUGCUCAAGGAUACCGGUAAUGGCGGUUGUAAAAUGAAAUACACGUUUGUUGGAUUGUAAAUAAAGUGACGAAAACUAUGGAUUUACAGAAGGGAUGUGUAAAGUUGUGAUGUAUUCAGAGAAAGGCCUUAAUAAUUGCCAAGAGGCUUGUUCAUUUUUGAAUUGUGGAUGACUUUCCGUACUCUUCGAAUGAACCUUUUACUUCAAAAGUAUCGAAUCCUUGGAAAAAAGGGUGAAGGUACAUUUUCUGAAGUUUUAAAAUGUCAACAUAUAAAAGAUGGUACUUACUGGGCCUGCAAGAAGAUGAAACAAACAUACGAAAGUAUUGAACAAGUAAACAAUUUAAGAGAAAUCCAAGCCAUGAGGAGACUAAGUCCCCAUUCCAAUAUCCUGGAACUUCAGGAGGUCAUAUUUGACAAGAAGUCAGGAACAUUAGUGCUUAUAUGUGAAUUAAUGGAUAUGAAUAUAUAUGAAUUAAUUAGAGGAAAAAGACAUUAUUUACCUGAACGAAAAGUUAAACAUUAUAUGUAUCAAUUGUUAAAGUCAGUUGAACAUAUGCAUAGGCACGGUAUAUUUCACAGAGAUGUUAAACCUGAAAACAUAUUAAUUAAAGAAGACCUCUUAAAGUUAGCAGAUUUUGGUUCUUGUAGAAGUGUAUACUCAAAACAACCCUAUACAGAAUAUAUAUCUACCAGAUGGUAUAGAGCACCUGAAUGUUUAUUGACUGAUGGUUACUAUACAUAUAAAAUGGAUAUGUGGAGUGUUGGUUGUGUCUUCUUUGAAAUUCUCAGCUUGCAUCCUCUGUUUCCUGGUUCUAAUGAAGUAGACCAAAUAGCUAAAAUCCAUGACAUUUUAGGGACACCAGAUCCUUCGGUACUCAAUAAAUUAAAAAAGUCACGAGGAAUGAACUUUAAUUUUCCAUCCAAGAAAGGUAGUGGUAUAGAAAGAUUACUGCCACAUGUAAGCACUGAUGCUGUAGAAUUAAUAUAUCAAAUGUGUACAUAUGACCCAGAUGAUAGAAUGUCAGCAAAACAAGCUUUGAGACAUCAGUAUUUCAAAGAUCUCAGGGAUGCUGAUAAGAGGGCAGCCAUGAUGGCCAAAGCAAAACAGCAACAGCAACAACAGCAUGAAGAAAAGGAAAAGAAAACCUUAGAUUUAACUAAACCAGUUCCUCCAACAGAUAUAACCACUUCACCUGAUAUGGAAACAUCACGAUCAGAAAAGAAGAAAUCUGAUUCUGAUGCCAGCAGUAGUACAAUAGUACCUAGUCUACCUAAAGCUCAAUCCUUACCCAGUCAUCCUCAUUUAUUUAAAGAUAGAAAACGAGUACCUAGACGAAAUAAAAAGUUAAUAGAAAGCCAUCAAUUUACAAAUCACACAGGACUUAAUCUUCCGAAAGUUCCAAUGCAUACAGGUUCAAUAAACCCUUCAUUUCAUGCUGCUGCUUUCUCAGGAUCUUAUAGUGCAUUACAUAAUUCUGGAACUAUGUCUUUACUACCAAGUAUAAAUAGUACUUAUAAACCACAUAAAGCAAAUAGUAAAGCAACAAAGAAUAUAUUGAGUACAAACACUUAUCUCCCUUCAUUAGAUCGACGAGGGGCAGGAUUUUAGCAGACUAUUGUAACCAUGACAAUUCUAUAUACAGUUCUGUUGAUGACUGAGAUAUUGUUUGAAUGUGCAGAUGUGAAGCCAUAUUUAGAUAUUCAUUGUUUUGUGGCAGCCAUGUUUUACAAUUAUUAAGCUGCAUCAUUUUAAUAGAAUGUAGUAUUUUUUAUCAAGAAAUCUUCUAUAUUCAGUGCUAUAUCUUGUGAAACAUGGUUCUUAAAGCACCUAAGUUGUUUGCAGAAUUUCUCAGUCAAUAUACAGUAGCUCUUUUAAAUGUGUACAAAUUAAGUAAUUACAGAAUGUAAAUAUCUGUAAGGCUAGUCAUUUUGUUGACAGAAAUUGCUCAAGCAUCUGCCAGUUAUUCUCAUCAAAUGUCCGGAGCUAACUUAAUGUAACAUCUCUUACAGUUCUUCAUGUAUUCACAGAUUUAGUUGAUUCAGCAACCAACUUGUUAUUAACUUGACGUACAGAAAACCAAAUGAUAGUUUAUAUAUGGGAAAUUAUAGAAUAAAAAUGAGUUGGUGCGACAUCAAUUAUUCAUGCAGCAUUGAAAAUUCAAUCUUUCAUUAUACAAACUAAUGACAGGGUAUAUGGUUAUCUUCUUAACUAUAAGAAAUGGACUUGUUCAUACUUAUUUAUAUAUAUAAACAUCAGAACCAUAUAUGUGAUUUUUAGUUUUCAUGUAUGUUUUUUCAAAUGUUCUUGAUUGGUAAUGAAGAUGUUCUGAAAGAAAAUUUGAAUUGCAUUUUUUCGUAUUAUUAAUUUUGCCUAUUACCAAAGGUAUGCAUUCUAUUUACUUCUCAUAUUUUUAAAGGCAUACUGAUAAUAUAUACAGAAUUCACUGUAUAGAUGAUGAUAUGCAAACAAACAGUAGCCAGUGAAGCCCGCCUCCUGGUGCGGGAUUUUCUCGCUGUGUUGAAGACCCAUUGUGCUGCCUUCGGCUGUUUUUUGCUUUUUGGUGAGGUUGUUGUCUCUGUGACACAUUCCCCAUUUCCAUUCUUAAUUUUAGUAAAAUUUUAUAAAGCUUCUUGUUUUAUCUCGAUGCUGUUUUAGGAUUUCAUGGAGAAAAUAUGGAUGGACCUUUCUGGAAGUGAGAGAUAUGAACAUGUGAACAGAGUUUUAAGCUUUAUAUUAGAUUUUUCAAAUGUGCAGGUCUUCAGUGUUUAAUGUAAAGUCAAUGCAGGCAUGUAAUAAACAUGUUCAUGUUGGUUUUAUUGAGGCUUGUUCAAAUAAGUGAAAUAUAUUUGAUAGGUUCUUAGAUUACAAAUUUAUUAUGAGAAUGGUUCUUGCAUAACAUAGACCAUUCCUGAACCUCUAAUCUUUACACUUUUGUAUCCCUUGUUCAGAUUUUCAGGAUUAAAGCAGUGGAAAAUGAUAUAUUCUGUUUGCAUAAAAAAUCAAAUAUUUCUUUAAGAACAUCUUCUUGAGUAGAUUUUUUUUACAUGUUUCUGUGAUCAUGUGUGACAACAUUCUUUUUAGAAAACCAAGUGUUUGAAAUUGUUAGUUAAAUGUAUAACCUAUUUAUUGUGAAGGAUGAUAGAGAAUUUUGUGUGAAAAAGAAUCUAAAUAACAGUAUUCAUUUUAGUUGUACAUAGUAUUAUAUACAUGAUUACUGACAAUGCAUUUAUAAUGUGUAACUAACUGUGAUUUGUCAUUUAUAUGGUGCCAUUGUUUAAGUCAUUCCAAAUACUGGCACCUUUAUUUUUUUGUUUAUAUUUAUGGGGAGAGGUGUCUUAUUCAAUCCUCAUAUUCAGGGUACAACUUAUAUAAAAGGUUUUAGUUUGUUUUACCUUUAAUUUGGGCACAAAAGCAUUAAUUAUUUUUGGCGCAAUUGAAAUCCUGCAUUUUAAAAAAAAUUAGCACAAUUGCAAUAUGCCCAAGUAUUCUUUAUAAGAUGAAAUCAUAUGCAAAGCUUGAACAACUUCUAUUUUGUAAGAAAUAUUUGUUCAAGAUCAUAGAUGAAUUUCAUAAUAACUUAGAUAUAAAAUGAAACAUGGAACUCUCUUUCAGACAUGAUAAUAGAUAUAUAUUUUAGGUAUACAAUUCCAAACACUGAAUGAAGAAUUUUGUUGAUUAGGGUGUCAAAAUUUAAGUAAUUUUUGCUGAAGAAAAAAAUUGUAGACUUAUAAAAAUAGACCUACAUCCAGAAUGCUAUAUAUCUGAAUAUUUGGGAGGUGAAAAUGGAUCAUCAACAAGAUUUAGCUGCUUAAAUAUAUAAAUCCAGCAGGAGAAAAACAAGAAAUUCAAUGGAUCACCAUAUAGCUGUCAACAAUGGGACACUGCUUAUACCAGUGAUAUUCAGUGUUUCGUGUAAGACCUUUUUGGUAGUGAAGGUCAUGGUAUAAAUAACUCUGAUUAUGCAGCUCAUCUAGUGUAGUUUAUUCUUAUUAGGUUUCGUUUCGUAGAGCUGAUGACUGCCAUAUGAAUACGGUAUAUUUUGCAUGAUUUUGAUCUACCAUAAUCUAAAUUGUAUUCCACAAAAAAGCAAUGUAUAUAUUUUAUAUUUAUUGCAACAGAGAGCAUUUUAAGAAAAGUUACAUGGACGUUAUGCUGAAUGAUACAGCGAAUUAUUUUAAAUGUUCAAUCAGUGUACAAAUCUAUGUAUCAUUUAGAGAACAUAUUUUAGGUGACUUUUCAAUGGCAUCAACCCUGUGAUUAAAUGUUAAUUAUAUGUAAAUUUUAUUUUUGUUAAUUAUGUUAGUGCCAAAAGCUUUCAGUUUUCUAUAACCUUUGUGUAACCUUCAGAUCAUGUUAGAAGAAUUUCUUCUUGUUAUGGAAAUGUUAUAGUUUCCAGCAACUCAGUUAUGUAUAGUUUCUUUGUUACAUUAUCAAUUUGAAUUUUAUUAAUUCUUUUUAAAAUGUUGCAUUUUAUACAUAUAAAUUUAAUGUCAAUUACAAAAAACCAGGGAUUUUUAAAACAUUUUAUUUUAUAAAGAGAAUUAAAGAUUACAUUUAUAUUUGCAAAAAUACAGAAUAGUUUGACAAACUAAACUAAUUUUAGUAAAUCAUGAUUAGUUUAAGAUGAAAUGGUUAUACUACCAAAGCUAAUACUUUGAAAGAAUUUUUAUAGAAAUAUUUCCUUUUCUUAUGUCAUUCAAAAGAGGAGGUAAGUUUUGAUAUUUUAAUAUGACAAAAAAAAAUCUUAACCAAGUAUUUUAAUAUUUCCAGUUACUGUACACAAAUUCUUUAUUUUUUUUAAGAUAAAUUUUUAUGAUUUUUUGGACGAGGCAAACCACAAAUUGCAAGUCCAUAUUAAAAUUCUUAUUGAACACCUUGACUACCAACAUUUGAACAGGAAACAAAAUGUGAACAGUAUUAAAAGGACUAAGUGCCUUGUUAAAUAAAUGUAAAUGUAAGUUGAGAUUGUAUUGUGUCAUAUCAGUAUUGUUAACACUUUGAUAUUUUGAUCAUGCUAAUAAAUUGGGUAUCUUGUUAAAUAACCACAUAUACUCUCAGUUAGUUAAAGCAGUAUAUAUGUUUUGAGUAUAUAUGUUUCAGAGUUUAGUGUGAUGUCCAUUUUCUCUGAACUAGUACACAUUUUCGGGUGCAGGAUUUUCUCGAAGACCCAUUUGUGGCCUUUGCUGUUUUCUGCUCUUUGGUUGGGGGGUUGUCUCUUUGAUACAUUCCCAGUUUCCAUUCUCAAUUUUAUUUGAGUCAUUGAGUUUGAAGAAACACUGCAGCUAUCUAAUUUAAAUUUAAAAAGUAAAGUUUUAUCAGAAAGAAAAUAACAGCAAUAUCUUUAAUAAUUUAUUUUGACUUGUUAAUAAUUUAGAUUUGGAUGUAACACAUCUUCUAAUUGGCUGAAAGAUUAUUGUCUAUCAGCUCAUAGACAUAAUUUUGUCAUGUGACCAUGAUGUCAUCAUCAUUUUUUCAUGAUUUUCUCCUUAAAAAUGGAAUUUAGAAUUAGUUAUAAGGAAUGACUGUAAUGUCUUUUCUAUCUAUUAGAAAUAACCUAAAAAAUGUGGUGCACACUUUUAAAUAACCCACUAUGCAGGUUAUUCAGUGUGCACCACAUUUUUGAUGUUAUUUCUUCAUAGACAGAAAAAAAUACUAGUCAUAACUUAAAUAAAUUGUUUUGAAAUUUGUAAUUUAUUUAUUUAACAAGCUUACGAUAUAACCACAUUACAACCACUUCGUGUGUCAACUCAAGUUUGAUUUCCACUGUGAUGGGUAAUACCAUUCACAAGUUAUAAUUCUUGAAAAAUAUUUGAGAAAAAUUACUAGUAAACUUUUAUUUCACAAAUUAGUGCUUUUCUGAAUGUUAUUACACUUUUUCUUUCUAAAUUUAUGCCUAAUGUAGUGGUUAAAAAAGUGGUUAUAUUAUUUUCAAUGAUAAUUUAAAUACUGUUUUAGACUUAAUUGGUCUAAGUUUGCAAAUCCAUUGUUAAAGGUUAAACAUUGGUUAAGUUUGCUGUUGGUUAUGAAAAUUCAAUAAAGUAUUGUUGUUAUAUAUAUUUAAAUAUAUAUCUAGACAGCAUGGAAUUCAGGGAGCGUCUUUUGGUUGUGUAAGCUUUUUAUUUGUUUAUUCAAUUGAUUUAUUAUUAUUUUUUGGCUUACAUAUUUUAGAACAUUCUUGCAAAUCUUUCCUCUUUAUUUUCACUUUUUAAAAAGUAAUUCUUGGUAAAAAUGUAUUGUUUUGUAUUUGUGUAUAGACUUUUUGAAUUCUUUCAGUCUUCAAAUAUUGAGUUAAAAGUUCUUUUUUCAACUUAUUUUUCUUAUAUUUUUUCAAAUGUUCCUUACAUAAACACAAUUAUUUUCAAAAUUUUACUGCAUUUUAACAAAAAAAAUGAUUCUGCAGAGAAAUAUUGUCAUUGUUAUUGGCUGAUUACAUUCUACACAAUGAAACCAAAAACACUGAUGAGACAUAUUAUUAUUUUUAAUAUUCACAUAUUUAACUUUUCAUUCUCUUUUAAAUUCUGCAAAUUAAUGUAUAAACUUAUUUUACAUUAAGUUUAUUUUUAGAAAACAAAACAAAAAAACUCAAAUAAGAAACAUACUGUCUCCCCUGUUCCUACUGUUAAUGAAAAUCAAUCGCCGUCCAACAUUUUAUAUAAGUUUUUAUUUUAAUAUGUGUUUUUAUUUCUUAUUCUGUGAUAUUGAAGCAGUGUAACAUAUCAUUUUAACUUGGUUAUUAAAUUAUUUAAAGUCCUACUUGAAAGGAAAUGAUUAAAAAAAUCUAUAUACUG